ACAAAUCCACAGUCUUCUUAAAAUACUACCCAUCUCACUAAUCUGAUUGGAAUACUUACCAGUUAUUAAAAACUGUUCUAAAUUCCACUUUCUUUACAUAACACUGGUUGUUGAGUCAUCUCCUUUCCUCUUCUUAAUCCUUCAGGUUCUUGAGGAUAUUAGUUUCUGAGUUCAUGCAAUAACAUAAUUUGAGUUUAAAGUAGUGGAGUGCUAAUGGGGUCUGAAGGGCCUCAAUCUGUAACAAUUCAUGUGACUGGAUUUAAAAAAUUCCAUGGAGUUUCGGAGAAUCCAACCGAGACAAUUGUCAGUAAUCUCGAAGAGUAUAUGAAGAGAAAAGGCAUGCCAAAAGGUGUGAUAUUGGGAAGUUGUAGCAUUCUUGAAACUGCAGGACAAGGAGCUAUUUUACCCCUUCUUCAGACAUUGCAAAUUGCAACAAACUCGAAGGAUUCGGAAUCUUCAAACCCCGGAAGAGUUAUUUGGCUACAUUUUGGUGUUAAUAGUGGGGCAACAAGAUUUGCUAUUGAACACCAAGCCGUUAAUGAAGCUACGUUUAGGUGUCCUGAUGAAAUGGGAUGGAAACCACAGAAAGUACCCAUUAUUCCAUCUGAUGGUGGAAUUACGCGAGCGCGUCAGACGACUCUUCCUGUUGAGGAAAUUACAAAGGCCCUGUUAAGUAAAGGCUACGAGGUGAUGACUUCUGAUGAUGCUGGCCGAUUUGUUUGCAACUACGUUUACUAUCAUUCCCUACGCUUUGCGGAACAAAAUGAGAACAAGUCGCUAUUCGUGCAUGUCCCUCUUUUCUUGACUAUAAAUGAGGAGAUCCAAAUGCAAUUUGCUGCUUCCUUAUUGGAGGUUCUUGCUUCUUUAUAUUAGCGAUCUAACGGUACUCAUUCACAUCCUUAUUUCCUGGAGCUUGUUCUACUGUUUGCCAUGUUGGUGAAAGUGAUUGGUUGCCUGUAUUGAAACUAUUUAAUAAAUAGAUGAGUGUAUGCAAAUCAAAAGAUAAAUAUGUGCUUGUGAUGGAUAUUUGUUCUUCUGAACCUCCCUCAACCUUUUCUCAAAGAAAGGUUUUGGCAUCUCAUUAAAACUCAAAAGGUUCUUUAAAUCUUAUGUUAAUAAUGUAAAUAAGACAUCUGUUUGCUA